AUGGCACCGCACUCGCGCGCCCCGCUCCUCGUCGCCCUCCUCGCCACGCUCGCGGUGGCCGCCGCGUCGGCGUCGGCCUACGCGCGCGCCGCCGACCCCGGCACGGAGCUGCUCAUCGGAGACGACGACGACGUGCUUGGGCUGGGCAGCAAGCUCGGCGGCAGGCGGCGGCUCGACGACGCCAACGCCACGGGCCUCGACGACGCCAACGCCACGAGCAUCGUCGACGUCGUCACGGGGACGGGGUUCAUCAGCUACGCCGCGCUGUCCAGGGACAGCGUGCCGUGCUCGCAGCGCGGCGCGUCCUACUACAACUGCCGCCCCGGCGCGGAGGCCAACCCCUACAGCCGCGGUUGCUCCGCCAUCACGCAGUGCCGCGGCUGA